ACAUUUAAACUGAAAUUACCGUCGUAUCACUCCAGUAAAGGGCGAAUUUAGUUUUACUUCGAAAGGCAAAAGGGGAGUUUAAUCUUGUACAGUCGACAGUAGUUUGUUUUUAUUCAGAAACUAACAGACGGAGGGUUGCUCGUGUUUUCCUGGCGGAACGUUUUUUUGUUUUGUUUUUUGUUUGGGGUUAACCUACUUUAAUGUGACCGCAACGUGGUUACCUUCAGUCUGGCAAGUAACUGGAAAAUACUCCCAGUUACUUUCUCCCUCCUGACGCGUUUUAACUCUUGGCGGAUAAGGUGCGAUGAGGAGAGAAUUUAACCGCUGGGAAAAGACACCAGACGGAGACGGCGAAAGCUAAUCUCAUCUUUCACAGCACACAGCGACCGGGCAUCGACCACACGAACACAGGCUGCUCAUUGCAGUGAGUCAGUAUCAUGGAGGCAGGCAGCGGGGCUGCCGCAGCAGUGGGGAGUGCAGCGCUAGGACUGCUGGGAGCUGCAGCUGCGUCCAGCCAUGACAUCUUGGACAGGGGACUGAUGCCCGGACGUCAACUGGAUGACAAAGAUCUUGUGUCUGAACUGGCUCACAUCCAUCCCAGAGAGAGACCUGACUGGGAGGAGACCAUCAGUGCAAUGGCCAGGAGUGCAGAGAUCCCUGAGCUGCGAUCAGAGCCUCUGAUGCGCUCUUGCAGCAGCAGCACAGCCAGCAUGAAAGUCAAGAAUGUCAAGAAACUCUGCUUCACCAAGGGCCACUUCCCGAAAUUGGCAGAAUGCGCUCACUUCCACUAUGAAAACGUCGACUUUGGCACAAUUCAGUUGUCUCUCGGGGAUGAACAGUGUGAAGUGACACGGAAUGGCUAUGAAUCAAAGGAGCUGGUUUACUUAGUUCACAUUUACUGCCAGGGUCGAAGCUGGAUUGUGAAGCGCAGCUAUGAGGAUUUCCGUGUUCUGGACAAACACCUGCACCUCUGCAUCUAUGACCGACGCUUCUCACAGCUGCCCGAGCUGCCUCGAUUGGACAGUCUAAGUGAUCAGUCAGAGUCAGUUUCCCAGAUGUUGUUGGCUUACCUUUCCCGGCUCUCAGCCAUCGCUGACAACAAAAUCAACUGUGGGCCUGCCCUCACAUGGAUGGAGGUUGACAAUAAGGGGAAUCAUUUGUUGGUUCAUGAAGAGUCGUCCAUCAAUGUGCCAGCAAUUGCUGCCGCUCACGUCAUCAAGCGCUACAUUGCCCAGGCCUCUGAUGAGCUCUCCUUUGAGGUUGGUGAUAUUGUGUCUGUGAUUGACAUGCCACCUAAAGAAGACACCACAUGGUGGAGGGGCAAGCAUGGCUUUCAGGUUGGCUUUUUUCCCAGCGAGUGUGUGGAACUCAUCAAUGAUAAAGUGCCGCAGUCCAUGACCAACUCUGUUCCAAAACCAGCCUCCUCCCCCUGCUCUGGCCUGCAGCCUGCUUCUUGGAGUCUCUUCCCCCCCUACUUGGAGAUGGAGAGUGUAAUAGACGACAGUACGUGGGUGGCCGACCCGCUAAACCACUACAACCUAAGUUCAGUGUCUAAGAAACACGGGAAGCUGAUCACCUUUUUGCGCUCCUUCAUGAAGUCCAGACCCACCAAGCAAAAGCUGAAGCAGAGGGGCAUCCUUCGCGAGAGGGUUUUUGGCUGUGACCUGGGCGAACACCUGCUCAACUCUGGCCAUGAUGUUCCUCAGGUCCUCAAGAGCUGCACAGAGUUCAUCGAAAAGCACGGUGUGGUGGAUGGCAUCUACCGCCUCUCUGGAAUUGCAUCAAAUAUCCAGAAAUUGCGGCAUGAGUUUGACUCUGAACAGAUCCCUGACUUGACCAAAGAUGUGUACAUCCAGGACAUCCACUGUGUGGGCUCACUGUGUAAGCUGUACUUCAGAGAGUUGCCAAACCCCCUGCUCACCUACCAGCUAUAUGAGAAAUUCUCUGAGGCUGUAUCAGCGGCAACAGACGAAGAACGUCUCAUCAAAAUCCAUGAUGUCAUCCAGCAGCUUCCUCCACCGCAUUACAGGACUCUGGAGUUCCUAAUGAGACACCUUUCCCACCUGGCAGCAUUCAGCUACAUCACCAACAUGCACAGCAAGAACCUGGCAAUCGUCUGGGCUCCCAACCUGCUGAGGUCGAAACAGAUUGAAUCGGCGUGUUUUAGUGGUACGGCGGCCUUCAUGGAGGUCAGAAUCCAAUCGGUGGUGGUGGAGUUCAUUCUCAACCACGUGGACGUUCUGUUUAGCACGAAACUGAGCACACUCAUCCGUGAGGGAGCAGGUCACAACUCCGUGUCCCGGCCAAAGUCUCUGCUGGUCUCAUCCCCAUCCACAAAGCUGCUGAGUCUGGAGGAGGCUCAGGCCAGGACUCAGGCUCAGAUCAACUCUCCAGUCACAGAAGACAGCAAGUACAUCGAGGUGGGAGAAGGUCCGGCCGCUCUGCAGGGCAAGUUUCACACGGUCAUCGAGUUUCCUACUGAGAGGAAGAGGCCUCCUAUUAAAACCAAGAAGUCUCCUGUGGGUAGUUGGAGGUCUUUCUUUAACCUUGGAAAGUCAUCUUCUAUGUCCAAACGCAAGCUGCACCGUAACCCCAGUGAGCCAAAUGAACUGAAGGCCAUGGCUCUGACCAGAGGCAGAGGUGACACAGCAACAUUGCGAUCAGCCAAAAGUGAGGAGUCACUAAGUUCUCUGCACAAUGUUGAAGGGGAGUCAAAGGUGUACCGCCCGCGACGUCCCCGCUCCAGCAGUGACGCCCUGUCAGCUUCCUUUAAUGGCGAGCUGCUGGACAGCCGGCAGCACUGCGACUCCUACGACAACCUGGAUGCCACAGAGGACAGCGACGGAGACGACGGGCCCAUCUGUGUGCCUGCUCUCAUCUCGCCGCCCCGCUCAGCAGGAGAAGAUGUAGACCUCAGCCCACCUGACAUUGGCAUGGCCUCUUUGGACUUUGACCCCAUGUCUUUUCAGUGUAGCCUCCAUGACACCACCUACUCCUUUCCCCUGGACGACUCUCCAGCCGGGGCUGAAGGCUUGACACUCAAGAGGAGCCCCGGCAGCGUCCGUGGAAAAAGCAACAGUUCAGACGUCAUCUCUGCUUCUUUUUUAGGCGGUGUGACUCCUCGUCUGUCGUCCACAGACUUGAGCCCGGCGGCUGGGGAGAAGGCAGAGAGGAGGAAGCUGACCUCUUCGUAUUCCUUCUCAGAUAAACCCACACAAGCUGUGUCACCUAUUAAAUGUGGGAAAACCACGAGUUUGGAACCAUUUGUCACUUCAGAGCUGUUCUCUUCAGAAAUGCCGGACAUGAAUGCAGGCAGACAGGUUGUCCCUCCGCAGCCGGUAACCCCUCCUUCAGCGCGCAGAACCUCGCUUUCCCUGAUGGGCAGUGUGCUGCUGCGAGCAGGCGAGCCGUCCCUGAGCGAAGCCUUCCAAAUGGAGCUGCACUCCAAACUCACAGCCUUUGAUAGCAUGGACAGUCGAGAUGCAAAAACUGAGAAUGGCGCAGGAAGCCAAGAACACCAAGGAGUUGUAGCUCCAGACUCGUCAAAGGACACCACCCCACAUUCCUUAUGCUCUGCAGCUCCCCAUUCUUUUCCUCCUCCUCCCCCUCCUCCUCCUAAAAACGCCGCCCGCAUGUUGGCCCUGGCCAUGGCUGAGUCUGCUCAGCAGGUCUCCGUUCAGUCUCGGUCCUCUGAGCCCUCCACUCCAGUGUCCCCUCUGCAGUCACAAGACACCUUGAACUUCCAGGACUCACCACUUCAUCCGCUUACACAUUUCCAAAGUCCCUGUGAAGAGGAAGGUGGACGGGGGGGUUCCCCGCUACCAAAUGCUGCUGUCUUACCUAUCACCUCGCCUUAUGCCUCCAUUUUAAUUCAAGACAACAAACGGCAGCUAUCAGAAGCAACCAGCAUGACUACCAAGAACUCAGACAGCACCAAGUUAGAUGCUUCUCCACUAGACACUCCUCUUUACCAAUGUGCACCCGUCGUCGUCAACUCAGUUAGCCAGAUUUCUCCAAGCAGGAAAAGCCCAGAAAAGGUGAAGACUUUUACUGGACAAGCCACACUCCACACCAGCUCAUCUGAUACCACUCCAGCAACCACCCCUAGUGACAGCUACACGAGCUCUGCAGGCUUACCACAGCCACUUCCUGAGGCCAAACCAGAAGAGACUGCACCACCUCCAACGCUUCCAAAACCAUCAGAACAACUGCUGCCUCAGCCGCCUAAAAAGCCGACUGUCCUGCUGCCCCAACCUCAGACGCAGUCCCAGCAGCUAAAUCAACCACAAGCUCACAUCCAGCCUCAUGGUCCACCACAGUUGCAACCGCAAACUCAGCCUCAUGCACAAACCCUUCCACAGGCACAAUCCGCACCCUUGACUCAUCCUCAGCUGCACUCGAAAGCCAGUGCGAGAGUGGCCCCCACCUCUGCUGAGCCUGUUGAUAAACCUUGGGAGGCCAUAAAGCCUGUACAACCCUGCACAGAGUCCACAAAAUACCACGACUCCUGUGGAGCGGCACCUCCAACUCCUCCAGUUCGUACUAUGGAGAGCAAACUGGCUACAGCAGCACUCAGCCAAAGCGAAGCCUCCUUCCAUAUCUUGAGUGACGGUUCCGUGCCUGGCUGUGCGGAGGAAGCUCUGCCUCAUCGUUCUCUUUCUCCCCUUAAAUCUUCCACACACCAGACAGCCUACCUGUACCAUGCUAAAGGAGAACCAGUCCUAAUUGAGCCUUCUGGGCCUCCAUAUUAUCACCAGAGGGCUGUUCCUCUGGGCCCACAGCCAUCCAUGCCACACCAUUACCGGUCAGACAGUGUCCCUCCACACGUCUCCUAUGUGUCUAAGUCUGCGCCUCAGAUACCUUACAGUGCCAGAGUCGACAACCGAUAUAGCACUUUAGGCCCCAGGUCAUACCACCAUUCUAUAAAGUCCAGGGGCAACCCCAGGAGUGUGUAUGUGGCACCUGGACCAGGUCACCAGGGUCAGGGUUUUGGGCCUGUGGACAGGUCCCACACUUAUCACACCAUCCGCAGAGUGCACUCCCUCCAUGUUCCUUCCACAAUCUGUUCAGUGCCCAUCCAAAGGACGGAGGUUCCUCCAGACGAUGACAUGUUCUUCUACCAUCGGCCUGUGUAUCCAUGCAAAGCCUAUCAGCAAGUACCUCCACAACAACAGCAGCAAUCCUCACAAGCUGACUACCACGUCACCCAGCUUCAGCCUUACUUUGAGAAUGGACGGGUCCAGUACCGCUACAGUCCUUAUUCAGGCUCCAGUCCAUUAGAGGUGCCUUACUGUGACAUUGACCCUUACGGCACCAUCCGAGUCCGGCACUUCCACUCAUAUGGCAGUCGAGAUCCAGGAGCUGUUGUGGGGCGACCAGGUGGAAAAGCGGCUGGGUACCACUACCUUUCACGCCAUGUUCUCCCAUCUGGGAAGGAGCACAGCUUUGUGAGCAGAGACAUUCCUCCUGGUCACCUGACCAAGGAAGCCCCUGCUUACCUUGGUUGGGACCCUGAGGAGUUAGAAAGACUCCAUGCGCACUCCAUCCGCAGGGAGAGCCGAGCACGACAGAAGAUUAAAGGGCCCGUGCUCUCUCAGUAUGACAAUGUCGGCUUGUUCACGCCAGCAGAUAUAUCAGGCUAUGAAACCUUGCACUUACGCAGUAAAUCUGAUCCAGGUAAAACUGUAUUGGUUGCAGCUGAGAGCAAAGAUGGUCGCUACCUACCCAGACACCUGGUGUCAGACCCUGAGGGCCUCGUGUAUUUGGAGACUGAGAAGCAUAUACAGGGCAGUGCAAUAGGUGACAAGUCAGAUGGACUUGUGAAGCAAAGCAGUUCCAAAAAAUGCCAGUCCUCACACUCCCACCCUGCUACUCUGAGCCACAGUCUUGUCCAUCUGCAGGAGAGCAGCCAACACGAGGCUGGAGAAGAAAAACUCUGCACAGACAGCAGUAGGUCCAAACACUGGCAGCAGGACUAUUCCAGCAAAAGGAAUGUCCAGCCUCGUUAUGACUGUCCUGAUCCCGACCAUCACCAGAGUAAGGUUAAAACAAUGAGUGGCUAUCAUGGAAUAAAUGAACAGCCGUCUGCACCCAGGGAACAGCUGCCCCGCUCCAAACCAGAGCGGUCACACAGCGUCCGAGAGCACCAGAGCAAACCUGAACCAGACAGAGACUACUCGUAUCAGAAACCCAACACUAAAACGGUGUUAUCCCAUUAUGAUAAUUUGGACGAUUACCACCCAAUACCUCAACCUCAGGCCCCUGGUCAAAAACGUGGAGGCUCCGGCUCCUAUCCUGCUCCAGGAUUCCCAGUCAGCCACAACAACAGAGCAUACUCCACAGCGCUGGGCCAAGGAGCCUUUCUUCAGACUGAUUUGGCCAUCCAGCGGCCGGAGGCUGAGAUACGCACAGAAUGAAACAGUUAAGGUGAAAAAUGUGUGUGUGUGUGUGUGUGUGUGAAUGCUCUUUAGCUGUACAGAAGAAAGACUUAUUUUGAGCAGCCUCUGCAGGACAGUGGACUGUUGUAUCACCAAUAUUUUUUGUUCCUCUGUAUUUUUAAUGACUUGUAAAGAAAAUUGUAAGACUUUUUACAAAAAGUCCUGAAUGUACCUGAAAUUCUUGUCCAAGAGGUCAUAAUAUUGUGAUUAAUUGAGACAGUAGCCAGUCAUAAAUGUAUGUGAAAGACAUAAGGUACAUUUAAUAGCAAUCACAAAAAUGUAAAAUUAUAUACAAAUAUAUAUAAUAGAGUCGCUGGUAAAAUGGAUUUUUAGGGGUUUUUGUGUUUGUUUGUUUUGUUUUUGUUUUUUUUAUGUGGUUCUGGGUGUAUGUAUCAACUGGGUUAUGGUUUGCAUUUUAGAAAUGCAUGCACUCUAAUACACAACAGUUCUGUGUACGUCACUGUCCCAUGUGUACUUUCUAGAUGUUACAGCACAAAUAACUAAAGGAGGACAGCUGUCAUCGUGCCCUCCACCCUGCUAAUAUGUACACAAAUAAAGUGGUACAAUGUCCAUGUUUGUCUUCAAUAUCCAGUUGGAGUUGAGUGAUGCUGAAGAAGAUGCUGUGGGUUCUUUUCAGUUCAUAUAGUGGAUAUCAAUGUCUUAUUUUCUCUUUGACUGUGCCAUUUUUUUGUAACUUUGCUCAGAACAGGUUCGAGUAGCUUCUAAUGGAACGUUUUGGUACUUGAAGAGGGACCAAAAAAAAAAAAAAAAAAAAAAUAGCAUGGUCUGAACUCAUCUGAGUAUUUCUUGCACAUGUGGAAUGGAGAAGGCAGGGUGGAUACUUGUUGUACGUUUCAAUGCAUAAGAGUUUAUUUUCACAUUCGCAUUACUCGGGUGAACUGGACGAAUGAGAGAGCAGAACACCACAGUGUCUCGAGCAAUGUGGUGAACAUGUUGUUGCUGCUUUGUGGGAAACAGCUUGGUGACAAGCCUCAAAUUUUUGUUCCUUAAAAAAGUAUUUUCAUGUUUUAAAUCUGUUGUCAUGAUGCACAAACCUUCUGACAUGUUGGUUUUGAGAUCAGUUAAUGAUUUUUGACAGAUCAGGGUUUUUGUUUUGUAUUGUAUAAAUAACCAAGUCCAUUUUUUUCACACACUAUAUAGUACCAUUCUUUGAGUAUUAUAUACUGUAUUUCAUGUCCUUUUGGUUCAUGGUAAUGGAUGGACUCCAAUAUGUUUCAAUAUUUCUUAAUCCAGGUUGUACUCUGUAACUGUUUGACUUCAAUAUCGCUUGCAGGUUUUGCUCCUCUUGCCUUAUCUAUAGCCUCGAUAUUUUCAAGAGGCAUUGAAAUAAGGCACUGUGUACUUGAAUGUGGACACACUCAAACUAGAGGUAUCUAAAGUUAGAUAUGAAUAAAUAAAAUGGUUCAGGAAUAGUUGUA